CGCAAUGCUAAAUAAAUGGAUAGGGGACAGCACUAGCACUGUUACGUCACUUCAAUCCGACAUUCGAAAUUCGAUUUUUCUUCGGAUUUGCAAUAAAACUACUUUGCAGAAGUCCGAAAUAAAAACACAAAAUGAGUGCCUGGAGACAAGCUGGUCUUAAUUACAUAAACUACUCCAACAUCGCCGCUAAGAUGCUGAGGCGAUCCCUAAAACCAGAAUUACGCGCUGAAGCAUUAAAACGUGACGAUUCCAAUGUCCGUAUUACCCCAUGGGCUAACGGCAGGCCAGCCCAUGAAAAGGACUAAAGAGGAUGAUUGAUUAGAUCUGCAAACUGCCGCUAAGUAGGAGAAACGGGAUAAAUCAAGGCAUGCAUGUUAAUCAGCAAACUAGUUUUAUGUAAAUGUCAAUAAAUUAUUGUUAAUUA